AUGCGAAGGUUCGUGACACUUAGCUGUUUGGUGGACUGCACCGACCAGCAGUUCCCGCGGGAUGCCAUCCAGAACUUGAGACACGCCGUGUUGGCCCCGGCCGUGUACGCGCCGCGGAUACAGCAAGCGCUGAGAAACAUCGACUUCAAGUUUCAUAGGUCUUGUAGUUAUCAAGAUAUCCUACUGCACGACCGUGGGGCGGAGUGCGAAACUCUGCUAAUGUUCUGGGGCGGCGGGCGUUCCGACAGCCGGUUCACCAUGAGCGCGUCUAGCUGCUCCUCAAUUCACAUGCCUACCUCACCCACCAGUCAGACAAGUGGCCAACGCGAAAAGGAAAUGCGAACUGUGGCGCAGCAGACCGAAAUCAGCUGUCGAACACCUGGAAUCGCCUCACCAAAUUUAGUGCCAGAAGCGGACUCGAUGCUAUGCGCGCAGUUUGCGGACUCCCUGGCGUUCUCGUCGCCAGCCUCGUCCCUGCUGCAGCCGGCUGGUCGCUCCAUGUCCAUCCUCGGAUCGGUCUGCGCGCUACUGCUCAACAAACAGGGCACAUCAGGUAUAAAGCAAGUAUCCAGCUUCACAGGGAGCCGUCACUCUGACAACAUCUGCCGCAUAUGUUUCGGAGGCGAGUCUGCUGAGCGGCUGGUCCGGCCUUGCUCCUGCAGGGGGACCAUUGCAGCUGUCCACAGGACCUGCUUGGAGAGGUGGCUGCUGCAGGCUGCCACGUCUUACUGCGAGCUCUGCAGGCAUCAUUAUAUCGUCACGAGAAGCCACAAAUGGUCCUGGCUCCGCUCGCUGGCGGAGUGGGCGCGCUCGGGGCGCGGGCGCGCGCUGGCGGCGGACGCGUGGCGCGGCGCGGCGCUGGGGGCCGCGUCGGUGCUGGGCACGGCGCGCGCGCUGCACGCCUGCGACCGCGCGCUGCAGCUGGCCGCGCAGCGGGGCGGCGCUGCGGUGCUCGCCGCCAAUCUCUUCUCGUCGCUGCUUAUUGGGAUUAUAGGUGCUCUGAACGGUCUGCUGACCACGUGGAUGCUGCUGAAGAUCCAGGAGCACCAGCUGUCGUGGCAGGCGUGGCGCGACAGCACGCUGCACGUGCACGUCAGCCUCGCGGACGAGGAACUCGUCUCGCGGCGCUCCUCACAGGACACCGUCGUGCCCUCCUCGGCCUCCGCUGCGCAGCCGCCGGCCUCGCCGACCGCCGACCGGAGCACUAACAUAGCGGACCCCUUCAUGGUCACCCUCCCGUUCAUAUUCCCCGAGCCCUGAUGUCGGCCGCCUUCGUGUACCUACUCGUCUCUUUUAUAGCCAUCCUCCUUCUUUUGAUGUCGGUCAUGUGGUCACGGCGACCCAACCAGGAAUGCUGGUUCUGAUUGAUACGGGUGAUAGCAUACCAAUACUGUUCAUUUCUCUUAUCCUUUCGAAGAUUCUUGUUAGAAACUCCUGAGCAAGUGAAAUGUCAACGGCAUUCAUCUACCUUGCCAUAUCGACAAUACUUAUGUACCUAGUUUUAAUGACUUUGGUAGCAACA